CUCGACUUCCUUUCAUUGUAACCUUCGGUCAUCGUCAGCAUCACUUGACGAACUACCAUCGCUAGCAGCUCAAAAGUUGGAAUCGUCCGAUCAAAGACACCAUCGACAGAUCUCAUUACGCUUGAGCACCAAGAUCAGCAGAGGCUAGAAGAAGACAUCGAAUCCUCCACGACACUACCAAAUAAACAAAAUGGCACCAGCGCCUACCUCAACCUUCACACCUGAAGCCCCACCAGCCAUAAUCCCCAACGCCAGCUCCCGUAGCGACGGCUUUAGUCCCGGCGCUAUCAUUGGCAUUGUGAUAGCCAUCGUCUGUCUUCUCCUCGCCGUACCCUUGAUUGCCAUCUGCCUUCGGCGAUACGAAAAGACACGUCUGCGGGAGACACCCAAAAGCCCAGGAAGCAGCAACAUCAGUCUACGCAGCGUGCAAGAGCACCACAGCUUGAGCAGUAUACUCGUGACGAAGGAGUUGUCGCGGUCGAGUAUAAGGAUGGAGAGGGUUGACUCGGGGAUCAAGAGGCCAGAUGAGGUUUAUGAGAACGGAAGAGAAAGGGAGAGAGAGUGGAGCUGUACUGAGGUCAGAGGUGGGUGAUAAGGUCGGGUUGGCCAAUGGCAUUGCUUCCAAUAGCGAUGCGGACAUCAUACGGAAUGCAUGCAGGUAACGCUACAUAUGGCAUCAGCGUCUCUGGCAUACAACACCUGCGACGGCAGUACACAUGCAUGUACUAGGUCGGUGCUACAAGAAGGCAUCAGCCAACGAUCGGGGACGGUAAUGAAGCGUUAUAACGGUGGUGGCUGCGGAACCGGACCGCGCCGUAGCUGACCUGGCCGUGCGCGCCCAUUGCAAAUGCUUACGAAAA